GUAACGUCAACGCGCCGGCGCCCGCCGAACUGACGCGCUCGGCUUCGGCGGGUUAGUGGUCGGGGCUUAGGUGAUCUCCCAUCCCCGUGUUGUGGCGUUUGGGGUCUUUUUCUCCAGACUUCCUGGCCCUGCUCUGGGAUUUCACGAUGUACCACAACAGUAGCCAGAAGCGGCACUGGACUUUCGCCAGUGAGGAGCAGCUAGCACGACUGCGGGCGGACGCCAACCGUAAAUUCAAAUGCAAAGCGGUCGCCAACGGGAAGGUUCUUCCAAAUGAUCCAGUCUUUCUUGAGCCUCACGAAGAAAUGAUGCUCUGCAAAUACUAUGAGAAGAGAUUGUUAGAAUUCUGUUCAGUGUUUAAGCCAGCAAUGCCACGGUCUGUUGUGGGUACAGCUUGUAUGUAUUUCAAGCGUUUUUAUCUUAAUAAUUCAGUAAUGGAAUAUCACCCCCGGAUAAUAAUGCUCACUUGUGCAUUUUUGGCCUGCAAAGUAGAUGAAUUCAAUGUAUCUAGUCCACAGUUUGUUGGAAAUCUGCGGGAGAGUCCUCUUGGACAGGAGAAGGCACUCGAACAGAUUUUGGAAUACGAACUACUUCUUAUACAACAACUGAAUUUCCACCUUAUUGUCCACAAUCCUUAUAGACCAUUUGAAGGCUUUCUCAUUGAUUUAAAGACUCGCUACCCCAUGAUGGAGAAUCCAGAGAUGUUGAGGAAAACAGCCGAUGACUUUCUUAAUAGAAUUGCAUUAACAGAUGCUUACCUUUUAUACACACCUUCCCAAAUUGCCCUGACUGCCAUUUUAUCUAGUGCAUCUCGAGCAGGAAUUACUAUGGAAAGUUAUUUAUCAGAAAGUCUGAUGUUGAAAGAGAACAGAACUUGCUUGUCACAGUUACUAGAUAUAAUGAAAAGUAUGAGAAACUUGGUAAAAAAAUAUGAACCACCCAGAUCUGAAGAAGUUGCUGUUCUGAAACAGAAGUUAGAGAGAUGUCACUCUGCUGAGCUUGCCCUUAACAUAAUUACGAAGAAGAGGAAAGGCUAUGAAGAUGAUGAUUAUGUCUCAAAGAAACCCAAACAUGAGGAGGUAUGUUGUCCAAAGGAAGAAUGGACUGACGAUGACCUGGUUGAUUCUCUCUAACCAUUUGAAAUUGACUUUUCAAUGCUAACUAAUCAACAGAAGGAUGAAACCUAUCUGGCAUUUAAGUUUAUUUAAAAAUGAAAUGACGUGAAAGCAUUAAAGAUAGUAAAUUUUCUAUUUUUGUUAGUUAAAUUUUCUUCCCUUUCAGGAUAGCUUUAUGUGAAAUAAAACCUUUUCAAAGGGGCCAGAAUAGCACCUGGUUUAGAUAGUCUUGUCCCAUCAUGACUAAUAUCAAAUUAAUCUUUCUAUAGUAGUGAAAGCUGUAAUUUAUUUGCCUGUAUGGUUUAAAACAAAUUACAAUAUGCAAACCUAUUUUUUAAGGAAAAGCACAAAAGUUAAAAAAACCGAGUAGUCUGCUUUAAAUGUGCUAGGGAAUGUUUUUCACUCUCUACAAGCCUUUGUAUAAAUGGUUUCUCAAAUGUCACUGUGAUCUACUUAACUUUUUGUAGGUUACUACUGAACUACAAAAUGCGCUUCAGCUGUCAA